UUCAGCUGCCUGCCUGUCCUGCAGCAGCUCAGACACAUACCUCUGAGCCACAAUGGGACUGGAACAAAUUCAAGCUUGGCUGACCACUGUCUGUGGGCUCCUGCCUCUCCUCAUCCAGGUCCAGGGCCAGGACUCAUCCAGUCCAAUCAGGACCACCUACACAGGGCAGGUGCAGGGCAGCCUCAUCCACAUGAAGGGUAUUGAUGUGGGUGUACACUCCUUCCUGGGAAUUCCCUUUGCCAAGCCACCUCUUGGACCACUGCGAUUUGCACCCCCUGAGCCUCCUGAACCAUGGAAUGGUGUAAGAGAUGGGACUUCCCACCCAGCCAUCAGUUGUCUUCAGGACAUCACUGCAAUGAAUACCCAGGCUCUUAAGCUGUUGAAUCUGACCUUGUCGCCCAUCCCCAUGUCUGAGGACUGCCUGUACCUUAGCAUCUACACACCAGUUUAUGCCCAUGAGGGCUCCAACCUGCCGGUGAUGGUAUGGAUCCAUGGCGGUGCCUUGGUUAUAGGCAUGGCUUCCUUAUAUGACGGAUCCAUGUUGGCUGCCAUUGAGGAUGUUGUGGUGGUCACUAUACAGUACCGCCUAGGUGUCUUGGGCUUCUUCAGCACUGGAGACCAGCACGCCAGAGGCAACUGGGGCUACUUGGACCAAGUGGCCGCCCUACGCUGGGUCCAGCAGAAUAUUGCCCACUUUGGAGGAAACCCUAACCGGGUCACCAUUUUUGGAGAGUCAGCAGGUGGCACAAGUGUAUCUUCACAUGUGGUGUCCCCACUGUCCCAAGGACUCUUCCAUGGUGCCAUCAUGCAGAGUGGGGUGGCCUUGUUACCCAGCCUCAUCUCCAACUCCUCUGAAGAGGUCUACAAAAUGGUGGCCAACCUGUCUGGAUGUGAGCAGGGUGUGAAUUCAGAAGCCUUGGUGGGCUGUCUGCGAGGCAAGAAUGAAGAAGAGAUUCUGGCUAUUAACAAGGCCUUCAAGAUCAUCCCUGGCAUAGUAGAUGGUAUCUUCCUGCCCAGGCAUCCCAAGGAGCUGCUUGCCUCAGCCAACCUCCACCCUGUCCCCAGCAUCAUUGGUGUCAACAAUGAUGAAUAUGGCUGGAUCAUCCCCUCGAGCAUUAGCACCGCUGACUCAUGGAAGAAAAUGGACAGACAGACUGUGCAGGCUGUCUUGCAGAGAAGGUCAGAACGUAUGAGGUGGCCUCCUGUGUUUAGUGACCUGUUGAUCGAAGAGUACAUGGGGGACACUGAGGACCCUCAGAUUCUCCAAGCACAGUUCCAGGAGAUGAUGGCAGACUUCAUCUUUGUGAUCCCUGCACUGCAAGUAGCACGAUUUCAGCGUUCCUAUGCCCCUGUCUACUUCUAUGAGUUCCAACAUCGGCCCAACUUCUUCAAGGACACCAAACCACCCCAAGUGAAGGCUGACCAUGGUGAUGAGAUUCUCUUCAUCUUCAGAUCAUUUUUGGGAGGCACCCAAAUUGACCUCACUGAGGAAGAAGAGCUGCUGAGCAGGAGGAUGAUGAAAUACUGGGCCAACUUUGCACAGCAUGGGAAUCCAAACGGUGAAGGCCUGCCCCACUGGCCUGUGUUUGACCAGGAUGAGCAAUAUCUGCAGCUGGACAUCCAGAUAGCUGUGGGUGGUGCCCUGAAGGCCUGCAGGAUGCAAUUCUGGACCAAGACCCUGCCCCAGAAGAUGCAGGAGCUAAAGGGGGCUGAGGGCGGGCAUGGGGAGUUGUAGUGCCCUAUGUCAGUCAGGUCAUGGUUUGUCCUGAGUGCAGUUGUGGUUAUCCUGAGGUUUCCAAACACCCUAAGAAGAGACAGGGGGAGUACACUCAUUUACAUAAUGACUCAUCCUUCUUUAUUUGUCCAUGCACCCAAAAAUUAUGAAAACUCACCUCAUGUUCCUUGCUAUGUCUGCCAGGGAUCACUCAUAUUACACACAUCAAACAUCCAGGAAGCAAUGGAUGGCUGAGUCCCAAUAGGCAGCACCUUCCUCCAUGCCUCACUACAUAGACCCCUGCCUCUUCCUCUAUUUCUUACCUCGCCUCCACCUACUUUCUCUCCUCCCCUCUAAUUCCUGAGGCCCUCCAUUCAUAAUGAUGUCCCUUGGAAAGAAUUUCUAAUCUGGGUGGCUGAAUCCCUUUUUCAGCAGGUACCUGUAGUCUUGAAUAUUCUAAUAUGUAGAAACCAAUAAAAGAAACUGAAUCCUAGAAGA